AUGAAGCUGGAAUGGGCAGAAAGCGAGUCCGACUUCGGUCUGGAGGAGGCGGCAUUCUACGAAGGACCGACGCCCCUGGCGGCACCCAUGCGCAAGAAGGUCUCCUUCAGCUUAAGGCUUGAUUUGUGCGAUGAGGGCGGCGGCGCAACUGAGGGCAUCAAGACUGAACCCCCCGAGGCAGAGGAGCCUCGCGCCAUGCAGAAAGUUCCCUCACUAUCGGACCUGUCUGAUCCUGAAGCAUCCCUGGACAUCCCAUCGCAGGUGCCGCCGCUCACGCCCGGCACCAACAAGAAAAUGGCCGAGGCGCUGAAGGCCACCUUCGCCUCCUGGGAGAAGGAGCAACUGCGCCUCGGCGUACCAAAAGAUCCUCGACAAUGGAGCGAGGCGGCGGUGGCAGCGUGGCUACGAUGGGCGGCUCGCGAGUUUUCACUGGAGGGCGUCGCGUUGCAGCAGUUCGCGCGCGCGCAAGGCAAAGAUAUCUGCGCCAUGGGCCGCGACGAGUUCGUAGCAAGAGCGCCCGCCUUUAUGGGCGACAUACUGUGGGAGCAUCUCGAAAUUUUGCAGAAAGAUGUGGAAAAAGAGCGGUCCCUGCUGGCAAAUGUGCCACCGAACAUGUACGAGAGCAACGUCUGCCUCCCGGAACUGUCCGACUACAUACCGCCGCCCGCACACCACUACAACAAUAAUAAUACCGGUGGCUACACUACCGGCGGUCCGCGAGAAGCGGGCACGUACUACCCUGAAGCAAGUAGUGCAACGUCAGCCCCGGGUGCUUCGCCCCUAGAAGAGUACUACCCCCCGGAGUACCCGUCGGGAGCGCCCGCCGCGCCACCACAGCCCUACCUUGACGAUUAUUACCACCACGCACACGCACACGCGCAACCAUUGCUCACGCAUGAGCACAAAUAUCAGCCGCACACGUAUACCAAGCCUUAUCCCAGAAGCACGGGCGGUCGGUACGGCGGCGAGGUGUACGGCGAGGGCUAUGCGGCGGAGUACGGCGGCGCGUGCGAGUGGAGCGAGUGGCCGGCCGAGCAGCACGCACUCAUCCCCCAGGACAAGCUGCCCUACCCCGCCUCCGGUCCCUGUUUCACUGGAUCAGGCCCGAUCCAACUAUGGCAGUUCCUGCUGGAGCUGCUCACCGACAAAAGCUGCCAAGGCUUCAUCUCCUGGACUGGAGACGGCUGGGAGUUUAAGCUCACCGAUCCCGAUGAGGUGGCGAGACGAUGGGGCAUCCGCAAGAACAAGCCGAAGAUGAAUUACGAGAAACUUUCUCGUGGUCUGCGCUACUACUACGAUAAGAACAUCAUCCACAAGACGGCCGGGAAGCGCUACGUCUACCGCUUCGUAUGCGACCUGCAGAGCCUCCUCGGAAUAUCACCGGAGCAGUUACACGCGAUGUACGAGCCCAAAAUGGAGAAGAAAGACGACGACUGA